CCGAUGACGCCGUCCACGGUGCUGAGGAACCACGCGUCGGAUCUGUCCGAGUACGAGCUCGGGGAGGUUGGCGAGUUCCCGCAGGUGUGGUACUCGGGCGCCUCCGCGGGGGUGGGGAAGAAGAUCAGAGGGUCGAGGGAGCGCGGGCCGGACAACCACGGGUACGACGACGACAGGGACGACUUGAUCAUCGUCCCGCACGAUCACCUCGCGUACAGGUACGAGAUCAUCCAGAUCGUCGGCAAAGGGAGCUUCGGGCAGGUCAUGCGGUGUUUCGAUCACAAGACGAAGACGAUGAAAGCCGUCAAGGUGAUUCGGAACAAGAAGCGGUUUCACUCCCAGGCUUUGGUCGAGGUGAAGAUCUUGGAGCACCUGCGGCACAACACGCAGGAGCGCGACGAGGAUACGAACAUCGUGCACAUGCACGAGUACUUCUACUUUCGCGAGCACCUGUGCAUCUCGUUCGAACUCUUGUCGAUCAACCUGUACGAGUUCAUCAAGAACAACAACUUCCAAGGGCUGUCGUUAGGGCUCGUGCGUCGGUUCGCGUCGCAGCUCCUGACGUCGCUGAAGUUUCUACGAAAACAAAACGUCAUCCACUGCGACUUGAAACCGGAGAACAUCCUCCUGAAGCAGCCGAACAAGUCCACGGUGAAGGUGAUCGACUUUGGCUCGUCGUGCUUCGAGAACGAACGCGUGUACACGUACAUCCAAUCCAGGUUUUACCGCUCCCCGGAGGUCAUCUUAGGGAUGCCGUACGACGUCGGGAUCGACAUGUGGAGCUUAGGGUGCAUCCUCGCGGAGCUGUACACCGGGUACCCGCUGUUCCCGGGGGAGAACGAGAUGGAGCAGCUCGCGUGCAUCAUGGAAGCGCGCGGGCCGCCGCCGCCGAAAAUGUUAGAAACCGCGACGAGGAAGACGAUCUUCUUCGACGCGGACGGGCGCGCGCGCGAGGUGAAGGUCACCCGAGGGAAGCGCCGAGUCCCCGGGAGCAAAGAUCUCGCGGGGAUCCUCCGAUGCGCGGACAAAGGGUUCGUCGAUUUCAUCGACAUGUGCUUGAGAUGGGACAUCGGAGAGCGACAGUCCCCGGAGCAGGCGCUCGCGCACGAGUGGAUCACGCGAGGUACCGCG